UACCCGGAAGUUAGUUUCAUAGAGUCCUUAGCUGGAAAUCCACGUGUGGUUAAUAUUUCAACAGUUAUUUACUAUGGGAAAGCACGGAAAAUUUAAUAAUAAAGGCUCUAAACAUAAACCUGGAUCUAAAAAGAGGGAGAAUAAAUGCAUUGUAAUGUUUGACGACAAAAAUCGAGAGGACUUUCUAACUGGUUUUCACAAGAGAAAAGUUGAGAGGAGGAAAGCAGCUGUUGAAGAGAUAAAGCAGAAGAUUAAAGAGGAACAGAAAAGAGUCAGGGAAGAUCGACACAAAGAGUAUUUGAAGAUGCUGCAAGAGAGAAAAGAAGCUCUUGAUGAUGCUGACGAAUUGGAGGAUGCAAUUACUGGUACCACAGAAUCUGUCCAAUAUGAUCAUCCCAACCACACUGUUACUGUGACAACCAUCAGUGACCUUGAUCUGACAAAAUCUCACCUGCUUGGCUUGGAUGGCCAUCAGGAUGAAGAUGACAGUGAUGCAGGGGAGCAGACUGAGGAUAAGGAUGCUGUGAAGUCACUUCCCAAGAAAGCCGGCAAGCCUUUGCUCUCUAAAAAGAUCAAGUCACUCUCAGCCUCGCUGAACAUGUUAACCAAGCAACCGCAGAAGCACAAACGGAAAGGGAAGCAGGAAGGCAAAAGACAGGGUCGAGAGAACUUAACUGGCAGCAACAACAAACGGCGCCUGACAAAAACCACCAAGACAGAGAGACGCAGGCGAACAGGGAAAAGGGGCCAGGACCGAGAUUAACUGUGUGGAUGGGCUGUGCACCAGGGACACGCUUGCCGCUGACCUUCUGUGAUGGAUGACAAAAGAAUUGAAUCAGGUUUUUAAAGUUGUUUAAGAAAUGGGCACACUUGUUUACUAUCAUACAGUAGUAUUGAAAGUUGAGGGCGUUGACCUACGAAAUAGAGAAUGGGAACUACCAUGAAGUUGACAACAGUGUUUUUCAAGCCAUUUUGCCCAAAAGACUUGAUGCAUUCACUACAUCCUCUUCCCUGUCAGUUCACAUGCGACAACUGUCAAGGAAGUGGCUCUGCCAUUGUGUUAAAAUUGUAGAAUGGAGUGAACUCCAUCUGGAAAAUUGAUCAAGAAUUUUCUGUUUUUGAUGUACAAGACAUUUUUCUACUUCAUGUUUUGCAACUAAAAUGUAAUAGUGUACAUAGUAAAGUAAUGGUGUAAAUACAAAAUAAAAAUCUGCAUAAUUUUCUUGCCACAUAUUGUUAUUGUUGGACAUUAAUUCACAUUCGAUACAACGUUUUUUUAGUGUACAUGAGUGUAUGUUGUUAGAAAAAUAAAUGCAUUUAAUGUAUAUUAACCGGUUAAACCUGUCUCAUGAAGCUCAAGUGUUGAUUUAUUUAAAGUUGAGCCUCCGCAUGCCAUCUGCUUACUAACCCACGAGUUCUUCAUUUCGCUUUCUAAAGCAGAUGAUAUUUAAUACAUCUUUGUGUAGUGGGACUGUCAUGCCACUGGUGCCAUGUUGGCUCACCUCACACCAUAUGGUCAGCUUCUGUGAUGCUUUAAGCAGAUCCAAAAUGGAGGACUACAGUGCCUUAGUUUCACCCAUUGUUGAAGCAGCCAAUGAGAUGUGUGUGAGUGUGAAUAAGCCCUGGGGGUUUAAAUGAGCGUAAAGAAGAGGCAUGUGUCAGGGGUCUGAUGGACACUU